AGUAAGAGGUUGGUAGCUGCUCCGGUGAAUGUCCGUCCCGGGAUGAUCGAGCGCUGAAGGCGGAUUUUGUAGGCCCGCAACAUCCGCCGAGAUCCGUUGCCUUCGCGAGCAAGAAUCGCGGCGCCGAUCGAGCUACCAGACGAGAUGAGCUGGAAGUCCCUUUUCCGCCCGCCGCCGGAGUCAUCGCUUGCUGCGGCCAAUCUCGCAGGAUCCUACCUCCGGAAAGGCGGCAAGCUCCCCGUCCUCGUCGUGGUCGUCUCCGUCUUCAUUUUUGCUGCCGUCAUGUACGGCGAGGACAUGCGGAGCUUGGCCGAGUACUCUUGGUGGCGCUACAAGGCCGUCUACGCUGCGGACUACAUCCCCGGCGACGUCUCCGUGCCGGAGACUUGCGACCUCUCCGACGGAGAUUGGGUGUUUGAUGAGAGUUAUCCGCCGUACCGGGAGGACAGCUGCGAGUUCCUGUCGAAGCAGGUAUCCUGCUUGCAGAAUGGGCGGCCAGAGUCCAAGUACCAGAAGUGGCGGUGGCAGCCCAAGAACUGCUCCUUGCCUAGAUUCGACGCGAGGCGGAUGCUGGAGUGGCUACGGGGGAAGCGGAUGCUGUUCGUCGGCGACUCGAUUAACCGAAACCAGUGGGAAUCGAUGGUGUGCCUGAUGCAGAUGGUGGUGCCGCGGGGGAGGAGAAGCCGCAUCGUCGACGGAUCUCGCAUGAUCUUCCCAAUCAAGGAGUACCGCGCUUCGAUCGAGUUUUACUGGGCGCCGUUCCUGGUGGAGUCGAACUCCGACGCACCGGAGUUCCACAGUAUCCCGGUGAGGAUCAUCAACCCCGACACGGUGGAGAAGCACGCGGUGCACUGGAAGGGAGCCGAUGUGCUCGUCUUCAACUCUUACAUCUGGUGGAUGAACGAUCCCCAGAUGAAAGUGCUGCGUCCAGGAGCCAAGAACUGGACGGAACACGACGAAAUUGGAAGAGAGGAAGCUUACGAGAGAGUGUUGCGGACCGUAUUCGAUUGGGUGGAUCAAAGCCUCAACCCCAACACCUCCUCAGUAUUCUUCAUGAGCAUGUCCCCUCUCCAUGGCAGUGGCAUGGACUGGGGCAACCCCGAUGGGAUCAAGUGUGCAAAGGAGACGGAGCCGAUAUGGAACAUGACCGGAGUGCAGGUCGGGACGGAGAUGAACCUUUGGGCAUUGGCGAGGAAGGUGACGGGCUCGACGGUGCACGUGCCGGUCACCUUCAUCGACAUCACGGCCAUGUCGGAGCGCCGCAAGGACGCCCACACGUCUGUCUACACAAUGCAGCAGGGGAAGUUAUUGACGCCGGAGCAAAAGGCGAACCCAGCCAAGUUUGCCGAUUGCCUCCAUUGGUGUGUGCCAGGGCUGCCUGACACUUGGAACCAGCUUCUCUUUGCCGAGAUCCUCUCCCGCCGGCCGCGCCAACCACACUAAGGCUUCCAUCUUUGAUCUCCGGCAAUGCUGGCGCCAUUUCUUUUUGAUCAGUGUCUCUAUUCUUUUUCUGUUUUGAAAAUGGAGGAAGGGAAUUUUGCUUAGGUUUGUGCCACAAAUGAAUGAUACAUGAUCGACACUUGUUCAGAGUAGAACACCUUGAAUCUUUUUCCUCACUUUGUAUUAUCCAAUCAUAUAAAUGCAAAUUGAUUUUUUUAAUAACACUAA